AUGCUAAAGACACUUGCAAAACUUGUGGGCUUUUCCGAGAUUUAUUAUUACAAACUCCUACAAUUCUUUCAAACCGGGUUUUUUCAGCUUCAUUUAUCUGAGAUUCGCCAUACGGGUGUAUUUGGCGGCGCUAUGGGGUCUGGAACGAUGGGAUCAGUCCAAAUUGGGCUCAUGGUAGAGCCUCUCACCGCUAUAGAGGGACGGGCAGCUGCUGAGGGAACUCAGGCUACUCAGCAGAUCAGUUUCCUGAGCAACGCUUUUGUGUUGCGUUUAUGUGAAAUUUCAGUCUACUUUGGCGGAAUUUGCCGAAACCAUGUUACGAAAUUUAGUAAACCAUGCAGAAUCGUACACAACCAGAUUAGUCAGACCAGAUGGCCAAGUUUCGGCUUUCAAAAUGUUAACAUUCUAGGAUAUGCUGAUUUCAUACCAGUUUCUGCGCUUCAGGAAUGGUACAACAACUUUCGUCGUCGAUUCGAACAAAAUCCAUAUUUUUGGAGAUCUCUUCGUACCGUGUAG